AUGUCUGUGGAAGUGACGGAACCAAUCGUUAAAUUUGAUCAUGCUCAAGGGAGAUUCCGGUGUUGUUGUGGCUCCGUCCACGUCAAGCAUGGAAUGCUCAUCAUUGCCAUCAUCUACGCCUUCAUUGUUUUCAUCGAUUUGUAUUGCCUAAUAUCGCUGGCACAGAGCAGAACUGAUUUGAUUAUACACAUUUGCUUCAUCCUUCCCCUUCACAUUGGCUCCGUGAUUUGUGCCGUGAUCGCCGUGAAAAGGGAGAGCCCCUAUUUUCUUGUCCCCUUCUUUGUUGACCAGAUUCUGAAGUUUCUUUUGUUAUCUGUGGUGUUCUUUAUGUUCGCGUGGGCCUUAUACGAUGUCGACUCACCGGCUAGCCAAUUUAUCAGAAAUAAUACGGUCAGUAUCGAAGAAAGGGAGCUCGAGUUGGUCGUGCACAAAAAACCACAAAUGACCUUUUUAAUUCGCAUGACGGCUGUUUUUAUGGUGAUGCUGGUUUUGAUAUUCAUGGUGUUGUGCGUCUGGUUUUUUCAUGUUGCUUACAAAUGCUUCGUCUACCUUCGCGAGGUACGACAAGCCAGAAUGUGCAACGAUAGCGGUGUGCGUUUCAAUUUCGACGUCAAAACCAUCGAAGAUGGCCUCGGACCCCGCCCAUCCCUAAAAAGCCAUCGAUCGGUC